AUGGAUGAAAAUGAACUGAAAGGAAAAAGAAGACGAAGACUAAGAAAACUUUCUUCAUCCCUCCAUCCUUGGUUCCCUCAUGAAUACAACAAAUAUCUUUCUCCGUUCCGAAAGCUUCUGUUCACAACUUCUUAUGGAUGUUCGCCAAGUACAGAUGACGAAGAUGAAGUAAAGAGAGAAUAUGUAUACAGUAAGAAAGAACUUUUUCAUUGCGACAAUUGUCAUUGUCACCCAUUGUUACAUUUCAGCGCGCUGACGGAUGAAGUGAAGUAA